CACACUGGCGUCGUGUCGGGAUUGGAAUGUAACAGAGUAACAAUCGGAACAACUGAGCAAAUAGGUGUUUGGACUCGCGGAUCAAGGAACUCAGUUGAUUUUAUUCGCCGAGGAAACAGCCUGUGAAACUCGCCCGUUGUUUUUUUUCGCUAAACGGGAAACGUCGCUUUCCAGAGCCGGUGUCCUGGUGAAGAGGAAAUCCACUUCUUGCGUGUGUGAAGGUCCACGGAGAGCGCAGGAAUAAGAGAAAUGCAGGGAUUCGUGAGGUUACGGUGAUCUGCCCCGUGUGUGUUAUUGUUUCGGAGGUGAAUGCAUGGAGUUACGCUUUAGUUUAGCCUGGACGUGUGGUUUGGAAGCGCAAAGCAUCGGAGAUAAACCUCGGUCGUUGCAUUAUUAUUUACGACUUUGCAUGUUUUCCAACGGGACCCCCUGCUCUCCAAAGACCCCAUGAGUCAGUGCCGCCGCAACUCUCCGGUGCGACGCGUUUCGUUGCGCUUUUAUUAAUCCGCCGCGGGAAAACUAAAUCAGCGAGUAUUUAUACCUGAUUGUGUGUUUAUAAUUAUCCAUACCGGUGCGUUUGCUGUAGGUAAUGGGUGCACUGUGAAAUGUCGCUAGUACUAGACAGACGAGGGAGAUCGAGGAGCCCGAUGUAAAAUCGCCCACAUGCGCUUGAUCAAUCGCUUGCUGUUUGCUGAUCGGAAUCUGAAGAGUUGUAAAUCCUCGCAGGCUGGAAGAUGGCGGAGCGGUACUAUAGCUGGAGGAGGUGGUGCGGCUGCUUCUGCUGAGAUACAAACUUGAGAUUUAUUUGCAAACACCGCGAUCUGGACACAUGCAGGCCAAAAAACGAUAUCUGAUCUCGCUCUUGACUGGCGCCUUUCUAGUUUUGCUCUUUUACUUCGGAGGAGGGGCGGUCCCGGGUCCGGCGGCCACGGGGUCCAGGAGCCGACAUGGAUAUAAUCGUCCUGAUCAACCGUGGCCGCACUUUUCCGAUCCCUUACAACACUUCAUCCCGUGGGACCACUCGGACACGGAGGAAUAUAACGUGCAUAUAUCGCCCAGGCAGAAGAGAGACGUUAACUCGAGCGUUUACAAGGGCAAACGGUGCCGCAUGCAAUCAUGCUUCGACUUCACUCUAUGUCAAAGGAACGGAUUCAAAGUCUACGUGUAUCCGCAGCAGAAGGGCGAGAAGAUCUCGGAAAGUUACCAGAACAUUUUAUCCACCAUCGAGGGCUCUAGGUUUUACACUUCUGACCCUGGUCAAGCGUGUUUGUUCGUCCUGAGCUUGGACACUCUUGAUCGAGACCAAUUAUCGCCACAGUACGUGCACAAUCUCAAAACCAAGGUGCAGAGCUUGCCUCUUUGGAACAAUGGUAGAAAUCACCUCAUAUUUAAUUUGUAUUCGGGCACAUGGCCUGACUAUACGGAAGACUUGGGCUUUGACAUUGGUCAGGCCAUGCUGGCCAAAGCAAGCAUCAGUAUGGAGAACUUCAGACCUAACUUUGACAUAUCCAUCCCGUUAUUCUCCAAGGAUCACCCAAGGACCGGAGGGGACAGGGGGUACUUGAAAUAUAACACCAUUCCACCUUUUAGAAAGUAUAUGUUGGUAUUUAAGGGGAAACGCUAUUUGACCGGCAUCGGCUCGGACACGAGGAAUGCCUUACAUCAUGUUCAUAACGCGGAGGAUGUAGUUCUUCUCACCACCUGCAAACAUGGCAAAGACUGGCAGAAACACAAGGACGCGCGAUGUGACCAGGACAACGCCGAGUAUGACAAGUAA